AUGGCUUUGAAAGUGCGCCAUCGGCGGUUUCUAGCCCACGUAGCCCUGACCAAUAAAAAUAACUCGGAGGCUCUCACCUACGCAUUGCACCACAUAACUGUGCCGACUAUCGCCCAAUCGAAUCCGCACUUUGAAAUCGGCCAAUCAGGACCCGAAGGUCAUGAGUGCGUGCGGGCGGGUUCAAAGUGUGCUGGCACUAUAAGAGGCAGUGCUAAUGGCACCCGCGAUCAUUCGUCGCUCCUGUUCCGGUUAUCACUCGCAAUGGCACUCGCAGACGUCGAAGUAUUCAAAGACGCAUUUCCCCUGGUUCGUAGCUGUCCAGCCCUCAACGAGAUUCGCACUUCGGGAGAAUUGAAAGAGCUCGUCAUAGAGGUAGCUCUCCUUUCUGUAAUCGUUCUUUACACGGAAAUUUGUUCAUGCUUGUUAGGUGAAGCACGGCGCUAUUCUCAAUGCCCAUCGAAUAAUACAAGCGGCUCGAAUCCCAUCACUGCGAGCUGCUCUCAGCGGCGCCCCAGGGAAGGAUAAUUCGGUGCUCAAAUGGCCGACGGUGCCUCUGAAGUAAAGUCAUCCUCCUUUCUCUGAUUUUGCUUUUGCACUUUCUAGCCUCGCAAAUUCACUCCUCCAGUAUGUGUACACCGGGCAGUUGGAGGUGACCCAAGCGAAUGCGAUGGCCAUAGUGAUGUUUGCCAAAAUGAUGAGACUGUCUAAUCUGGAGAAUUGGGGAGUGCAAUUCAUGACCAAUAGGUAAGCAAGUGCCGGUUCUUUCUGUCUAACCGUCGGCUGUAAAGAGUGAAUUUAGAAAAUCUGGCAACCACGUGGGACUUUGCCAAAUCUAUGCGCAUGGGCUCACUGAUGGAGACUUGCAUCAAUCUGAUGCAAGCGCAGUUUACGAAUGUCGUCUCUACUGACCUCUUUAUUCGUCUGCCAGCUGACACCGUGCUGACGUUGUUGCGAAACGACAAUCUGUCAGUUGACUCCGAGGAGGCAGUUUUUGAGGCGAUUUCAAGCUGGGUGGCUGCUGCCGGCGAUAAAGAGUGCGAUAAUGAGAGACUGAGAUUGCACGCCCCGGAGAUGUUGAAGGAGGUUCGUUGGUGUCAGACGACUGAACAUUUCCGUGGACGCUUGCUGAACGGUCACCCAAUAUUUCAGAAUAGCCCCGAGUGUGCGUAAGUGUAUGUUUCGUUAUAAUUCAUCGUUUUUAUAUGGAAGACUGCUUUUGGGUGGCGUCGUGCACUGGAUUGCCGCUGCAGACAAGCCUCCGUGUCCCUUCAACCGACGUCGGAGACCGCCUCAGACGAUCUUCUUCGUAUUUGGAAAGGACAAAAAUCAGGACAGGUGGUCUGUCCUGCGUUUCGAUCAGCAGCUGGAAAAGGAAGAGAGGAUUGCUGACAUGGAGAAGCGAGAACUGGCCUCCUACAGUGUCGUUGGCGGUGAGUUGCCUGACAGUUACGCACCGCCUCUUCUGCGCACCUGCCUUGUUUUCAUUUUUUGUCUAAUUUGACCACUUGGUGUCUCUUUUUGCCAGAAUUAUAACAAACACACAGACUCCUGCCAGUGCAGCUGCCAUCGCCACACAAUGCAUAGGAUUGCAGUAGUAGUAAUUGAGGGGUUUUGAGGUCUUGGAGUCGUCCAUUCGCCUGGCCUGUCCCGACGCGUUUGCUGUUUUUCGUCUUCAAUUUACCCAACCGUGUCUCCAUCUGGCUGGUUUGUGUCCGUCACUGGCGGCCACUCAACUGGGAAAUUUGUCCAUCAACGUCUUUUUCACCGACGUUGAUAUUUCCCCUCUUUCUGUCAACUGCACGCUUUUUUUAUUUUAUCUUUUCACUUUAACUUUCUUCCGCUCAAUUUUACGAAACUGUUUUCUAUCCCACCUCACCCCCACGGAAGAGAGCAUUUUCGUGGUUGGAGGAGACAGUGCGCAAGGGAGCUUCUCCACGAGUGUCGAGGAGUUUCUGGUGGCAGAACGGCGCUGGCGCAAACGGGCGUCCCUCGCCGUUGGACGCCGCUGGCACGCAGCUGCAGUCCUGACGGAAGCCGGAGGGGAGGCGCUUCUCGGCGUUUUCGGUGGAUGGGGUAACGGUGCAUGCCUUUCCUCUUGUGAAGUCUAUGAAUUCAGUCGGGACAGGUGAGAGCACACUCGUCCUGGCGCCUCCUUCUUUUUUCUUGCAAAAUCUUCCUGUUUUGCCUUCUCAAUCGUCGUCUCCUCCUCCUCCCCAACACACACAGGUGGUUCAAACUGCCCGAUCUGCGAGAGAAGAGGAGCUCCACAGCUGCUGCCUGCCUGCCCGGCGACAGUCGAAUCUUCGUUUUUGGCGGCUGGAAUGGCUCCAUCACCGGGCUGGCUUCUGUGCAGUUCUGCCACCUGCGAGCAGACUGGCGAGAGAGGGCGACCUCGUCGGACUUUUGGCAGCCAGCCGCACCCAUGAGAAUUGCACCAAACGGGGUGGCAGCGACGCACUUUCGGGGGAAAAUCAUUGUCGCCGGGGGAAAUAGUGCGGUAAACAGAUUAAACGUGGUGCAGAUGUUCACACCACCAGAUGCCAGGUGUCCCCAGGGCCAGUGGACACAGUUGGCCGGCAUGAAGGAAGCCCGCGCGUAUUUCGCUCUUCUCACCUCCAACGACGACGCCAUCUUUGCUCUCGGUAAUGAUGCCUCCUCCUUCUUUGCUCUACACUGACUGCAUUCCUUCUCCACUUUCUCCUCUCUCUUUCCUGCCAUUCCAUGGCCUUUUCUGCGUAAUUCCUUUUUAUGAGGAAGAUUAAGACAUCCCUAGUGAUGGCAACCAGGUGAAAAUGUGACUUUGUAUGGCGUUUCGUAAACACAACGAGGUUAGGGCCGAUGGUAGUCCGUUUGUAGUGCAAAUCGCCUGCUUCUAAAAAUAGAUUUUUACGAGAAUUAUGCAGCCGAAUGGUUAAAGCGUCUUCAGUAGAUACUGCGUUCAAAGCUUACUCAGUCUACUCUGCGUUUUAUUAAAAUAAUUUUUUGUCUAGCGGUAUUGUGCAAAUCGUAUGUUAAUUUUGUCUAUUUUGAUAUUUAUGAAAGUAGAAUUUUACUGGAAUUAUUCACAAUUUGCAGGCCCAAGUAACACGGUGGAGACUUUCACAGCACCAGGCGGGCCAGCUGAUGUCAGCAACGACUUGACAGCUUGGAGCUGGUCGUCGAAGAAACCACUGGAGACGCUCGGAGACAUCGAAGGAGCUGCAAGCAUCCGCAUGUAAACUUCUGCGUUUCUUGAUGUUCCUUCUAUGACCCGCAUGUUGAGAAAUAAACGACUUGCAAAGUAACCCGUUUUGUCGUUUUUUUUGAAAACGUCAAAAGGGUGUGCAGUGCCCAACACCUAAGGCGACCGAUUAUUAAUGGCGUGUUUAUCUCUGAAGGGAAUGAAAUGCAUGAACCAGUUAUUUUUUACGAGGGAGAUGCUCGUUUUCGGGAUUAAUGCUUGAUUAUGGAGAGAAAUCAUUGUCGCCAGCGGGUAUGAUACUGGAGACGAAUUAGAUUUAGUGGUGGAGAUGUUCUUACUGCCAGGUGUCCCUAGCGGGUUUAAUAAACAUGGCCUCCAAUUUUUUUGUUAAAAAAAAAACACCAAAAGGGUGUAAAGUGUCCAACACUUGGGGUGAAAAAUAAUCUCUAGCAUAUCUCUGCGAGGAAUGAGAGAUGUGGUCGAGGUUAGUUUAGCAAAGAGAUGCCAACUUGCUGACGAAGUGAGUAACACUAGUAAGAUCGCAGAUCGGGGAGCUUGUGUGUUAGUAUGAAUGGCACACGUACUACUUACUGAGGCGACAGGAGCAGUUAGAGAGUGGACGGCGGACCUGGCACUAUGAAUUAGGACAGAUGUCACCAAGUCUGAAUAGUGUCCCACUCCAAAAGCAAAUUUGCCCACCCCCGCGAAAUGCGAUAGACUGCUGUGUGAGUUGCUAUCGGCCUUCUAUAUUAAGGGAAACGUUACACUCCUUAGUAUUCGGUCGACGGAAGAUGUCGGAUGCAUGUACGCUGUCUGUCUCCGUAGCAUAAAUUGAUCCUUUUCUUCAUCUAAAAAAGAUUAAAAGGUUGGACUGUCUCGGGAUUUAUGCUUAGCAAAGGUUUCACCAAGCACGACGAGCUCACAUGAAUGAUGUCAAGGGUAUUUAACAUAACGCAUGUUCAAAUAUAACCCAGGUUAGUGAUUUGGAUGUAACCAGAGAUACGAUUAACUGAAUCGGCACUAACUACGUGGGAAGGCCCUGCUUCAUGUUGCGAACCUGCUGGACAGUCAGUUAUCAGGGGUGCACCUCGAGUUGAUGGCCCCUGGACCGUGAGGUGGCCUGCACGCCUGGCGAGGGAAAAUCGAUCGCGCUCGAUGGAUGACGCAGCUGGCAGAUUUCGCUAGAUGGCCGAAAGCUGAAUGCGAGUAGAUGCGCCCCUAGAUGACCUUGGCGGCAGGUAGUCAGUGGCGUGAUGCGCAAUCGUUGCGUGUGUACGUCACUGGACAAUGGCAGUGUCCCUAAAACCGAUCGCGCAUUAGAUGCGCUGGAAAAAACGCGCGGGCUAGAUCGGGGGUCGUCUGGCUUUAAUUGGAGACGUGCACUCAGGAAAUGUCAACAUUUUGUCCGACUUUCAGACAUACGUAGACUUUGUCUUUGCUAGAUAUCCACAUUUCCAUCAAAAAUGUCACUUGGCGAGGUCAAAAAUGCCAGAGACGGUUAUGAAAACAAAAGGCUGUAUUUUUACUGAAAACACGGUUAGAUCGCCGUCAGUCACAGUUUGGACAUAUCUACUAGACAGGUCAUGAGACGAAGUGCGAAUAUUUGCAGGAGUGCAGAGGUUAGUAAUAAGAAUAUGCGUGUGAUAUCAGGAGAAUUUCAGAGUAUGCAUAUUUCACCCUCUGUUUCUUCACAACUUCAAUUUGUUGCUGUCUUUGUUCGAAAAUGAACUUGAAACUUCAAGUGAACAUUACUUUCGUUUUAUUGAUCGAGUGAUUUUCCUCACAGCAAAAUAACACUGUUAAGGCCUGUCCCGACGCGUUUGCUAUUUUCCGUCUUCAAUUUACCCAACCGUGUCUCCAUCUGGCUGGUUUGUGUCCGUCACUGGCGGCCACUCAACUGGGAAAUUUGUCCAUCAACGUCUUUUUGUCCGGCGAUGAUGACAUUACCCUCUUUCUGUCAACUACACGCCUUUUUUAUUUUAUCUUUCCUAUCUUCUUUUAUCUUUCCACUUUAUCUUUCUUCCGCGCAAAUUUACGAAACUUUUUUUUAUCCCACCUUACCCCCACGGAAGAGAGCAUUUUCGUGGUUGGAGGAGACACUGCGCAAGGAUGCUACUCCACGAGUGUCGAGGAGUUUCUGGUGGCAGAACGGCGCUGGCGCAAACGGGCGUCCCUCGCCGUUGGACGCCGCAAGCACGCUGCCGCAGUCCUGACGGAAGCCGGAGGGGAGGCGCUUAUCGGCGUUUUCGGUGGAUGGGGUAACGAUGGAUGCCUUUCCUCUUGUGAAGUCUAUGAAGUCAGUCGGGACAGGUGAGAGCACACUCGUCCUGGCGCCUCAUUUUUUUCUUGCAAAAUCUCCCUGUUUUGCCUUCUCACUCGUCGCCUCCUCCUCCUCCUCCUCCCCAACACACACAGGUGGUUCAAACUGCCUGAUCUGCGAGAGAAGAGGGGCGCCACGGCGGCUGCCUGCCUGCCCGGCGACAGUAGAGUCUUCGUUUUUGGCGGCUAUAAUGGCCCCUCCUCCUGCCUGGCUUCUGUGGAGUUCUGCCACCUGCGAGCAGACUGGCGAGAGAGGGCGACCUCGUCGGACUUUUGGCAGCCAGCCGCACCCAUGAGAACUGCACGCGACGGGCUGGCAGCGACACACUUUCGGGGGAAAAUCAUUGUCGGCGGGGGAUUUGGUGUUGGUGGAAAGAGUCUAAACGUGGUGGAGAUGUUCACACCACCAGACGCCAGGUGUCCCCAGGGCCAGUGGACAGACUUGGCCGGCAUGAAGGAACCCCGCAAUUAUUUCGCUCUUCUCACCUCCACCGACGACGUCAUCUUUGCUCUCGCUAAUGAUGCCUCCUCCUUCUUUGCCCUACACUGA